AUGGCGGCCAGACAGCUUCACUCUGACGGGCCAAUGAGCUCUCCAGGCUCUAAAAUUACUAAACCAGCUCAGUCUUGUCAUUCCCUACAGGCAAUAGGACACAAGGGUGCUUUUGGUUCCCAGAAGAGAAGAGAUGGGGAAGGGAGGAGUUGUGUGCGCUUCCGAUGUAGCCUGAACAACACAGUCUUGGAUGUUCUUCGCCAGAGACCAGGCUGGGUUGAGGUCAAGGACGACGGAGAAUGGGACUUCAACUGGUGUGAUGUGGGGUAUCUCAGAGAGAUCUUUGACCACACUUUCAUGGAGGAGCAUGUUAGAAUUUGUCACUUCCGAAACCAAUAUGAGUUGACACGCAAGAAUCUGAUGGUGAAGAACUUAAAACGCUAUAGAAAAACCCUUGAACGCAAAGCUGGCCGCCUGGAGGCAGCUAAAUGUGAUUUCUUUCCGCGUACCUUUGAACUACCUAGCGAGUACCAUCUGUUUGUUGAGGAGUUUAAGAGAUGUCCAGGCAACAUCUGGAUUAUGAAACCGGUGGCCCGUUCGCAGGGGAAGGGAAUUUUUCUUUUUCGGAAACUAAAGGAUAUCAUAGAAUGGAGAAAGGAUGGAAUCCGCUCUGAGGAACAAAAAGAUGAAGCUCAGGUUGAGAGCUACGUUGCCCAGCGUUAUAUUGAGAAGCCCUAUCUCAUAAAUGGCAGAAAAUUUGACCUCAGAGUCUACAUUCUUGUAACUUCAUAUGUCCCACUCAAGGCUUGGCUGUAUCGAGAUGGUUUUGCCAGAUUCUCCAACACCAGGUUCUCCCUGAGCAGUAUUGAUGAUCAGUAUGUCCAUCUUACGAAUGUGGCAAUACAGAAAACGGCCCCGGACUAUGAUCCUGAGAAGGGUUGCAAAUGGCACAUGCAACAGUUGCGACGUUACUUGACUGCAAAGCAUGGCAGAGAGACAGUGGAGACCCUUUUUAAAGACAUUGACAACAUCUUUAUCCGCAGCUUACAGAGUGUGCAGAAGGUCAUCAUUAAUGACAAGCACUGUUUUGAGUUGUACGGAUAUGACAUUCUGAUUGACAAGGAUCUCAAGCCGUGGCUGAUUGAGGUGAAUGCUUCUCCCUCUCUCACUGCUAGCAGUCAAGAGGAUUAUGCGCUGAAGUAUAGACUGCUGGAGGACACUUUGCACAUUGUGGACAUGGAAGGCUGUCUUACUGGCAAAGAAAAGCAGGUUGGGGGUUUUGACCUCAUGUGGAAUGAUGGCCCAGUGUACAGGGAAGAUGUGGGCUUGGAGGCUCUGGGAGGCACCUACCAAAUGGCUAACACACGUCUUGGCUGUGUGAAUGAUCGGACGAAACAGCUGCAACAGCUCUUGAAGCCGCUUACAGGACAGAAGAAAAUAUGA